CCCUAAUCUCUCUAUCUAUGCUAACCAACGGAAUAUGGCAUUAUUUUUAUAAUGACCCAUGUAGAAAGUCUAAAGAAAAACGUUUUUCAAUUUCAGUCAAUAUGUCUUCGUGAGCUUAUCGACCCAGUCUUCUCAUUUCACCCGGCCAAGAUGGUGGAUGAAAUAAAAGCUUCUUCAAUGGGGACUUUGCUCGGCCCAUCUCUAAGUACCAAAUGCGUUAUCGAUGAGGGAGAUGAAAUUAUAUGCAAUAGUGCAGCUUAUCUGAUGCAGUACCUCGAUAUACAGCAUCCAGCAGGUUUCAUCAUCAACAAUGCCUGCCAAGGAAUGCAUAAGAGAUAUGGCACAGGGUGCAAAACACUAGUCUGUAUGAUUGGAUCACUGUGUAGAACUACAGCUGAGCUGGUGGAACAGGGUGUUUCUGUAUCUUCGAUUUCUCGGUUAAAUGAUGAGGCUCUUGCAGUAUGUCUAAAUAAAAUUGAAGCAAUGAGGGUACCAGUGGAAAUAUUCUUAGAAAGUAUUGUUUCUCGAAAAAAUAGUAACAAAAAAGCUUCUAUUGAAAUAUCUGAACAUGUGCCUAAAAGUAAUUAUGGUUCAAGGAGAUAUGAAGAUGUUUCUACUCUAUGUGAAGACAAAUCAAAAUUUUGUAUGGAAUCUCAAACAAAAUAUCUUAUUGAUGAUGAAUUUGAUGCUUGCCUCGACGAUAUUGAUACAAGACAACACAACCAAUUUACUACUCAGAGAACUUCUACUAAAACCAGGUCUCCAUCACAACAAGAACAGCUUAAAAAAACACAGGAAAUGCUAAAGUUUUUAUCUUUCAACUGUAAGAAAAAUACUGCAACAACGCAACAUGGUCUCCAAAAUAUCACGAGAACUUCCAGACACAUAGCAGAGGAUUCGCAAGUUGAUGUUAUACACUCCGAUAAAGUACUACAUGAUGCUUCCAAUUCUAGUCGUACGAGCAAGAUAUUUAACAAAGACAACCUUGAGAUUCUUGCAGAAACACUUACUGGCGAAUCAAGCUUUGAGUGCCGACUUGCUGCUCAGGUAAUUCAUGCCCAGUUGUCGACCCAGAAGCGCUCCAACCUAAGCGUUAUCACUGCAGAUUCUUUUCAUUUCAAGUCAGUGGUUGGUCUAUCAGCUUGCUCCUCUCAGUUGGUGCAAGGACUUCUCUUGCAGCAUACGAUAGCGCCUGUUGCUGGCUGGGAGGAUAAUGAUCUUAGAGCUGUCUUAAUAAACGGUGAUGUGACACAUACGUUCAAAAACGUUGGGUAUAAUGACUCGUUCAAAGCGCAACAAGAAUUCACUGACGUAAAUCUCGUAUUGCAUGGAACUACCCUACAGAGUUCAUGGUUUAAACGCAUUGUUGAAGCCUUACGGAAUUACCGAAUAGGGGCGAUCUUUACUACUGGCGAGGUUGAUGAGUCGGUUUCAGAAUAUUGUCGUUCCUCUGGGAUCUUUGUUUUCGCGCGCCUGUCACUCCAGCUGUUACAGCUUCUCUCUUUGUCAACUGGAACCAUGAUUCUCGUAUACCUUCUUGAUGUUCAGGACAAAGAUUUUGGAAGUACUGUUACGGUUUCCAGAUCUGAAUUUCGUGGCUGGCGUCUCUCUAAGUCGAACGAGGAUUCUCCCUACGCUUUGGUACAUUGUCGUGGUUCCAUUCCUCUCCGCACUGCUUUAAUCUGUGCAUCCUCAAAGCACCAGCUAACGCUAUCAGAGAAUGUGUUCUGGCGCGCUUUUAACCGUACCAGGAACACUUUGCAAUGUGGCAUGGUGUUGCCGGGUAAAGGUCUAUCGGAGGCAGGGUGUAUAGCUGCUCUGGAGAACUAUAACGGUGAGGAUGGUGCGCCGUGCCUCUUCCCGUCCAACUGGAUCGAUGCCAGUCAGGGUUGCUACCGUUCGCUGGUCUUUCAUGCAUUCGCCUCCUCACUUCGUCACUUUCUUGCCCGCGCUCUGAUGAACGAGGGGCAUACAAACUAUGAUGCGAUGACUCUAGUCCAAGAGAUUGUCAAGGAGAAUUUUACAGGAGAGACGUCAAUGGAUAGGAUAUCUUUGGUCGAUGACUACUUUGCCAAAUGCGAAGCGCUGAAGCGGGCAGUAGGGGUUGUGCGACUACUGUUGAUGGCAGACGAGACCGUUACCACUGGUUUACAAGGAAGCCAUCUCUAGAUCGAGCCAUGGUCUUCUCAAAGCCAUCAAAAUGGAAAAGAACGUUUAUACUAUUUAUUUAUUGUGAUGGAAAAACACAGGAACAGGAAGAUGUAUAUAGAAUAGGGACUUUUUGGUUAACCAAGGUUGUUUGAUUAGAGAAAAAAAGUGCUGCCCUUACAUUUCUCAA